UUACUAAGAAGGACAUACGAAAACGCAUAUAUUUUCAGCUGCAUGUAAUGUAAAUGAACUGCAUGCUCACUGUAUGAUUUAGUUUUCAAUUUAAUUUUGUGAUUUAAACCUAGGAGUAUUUUAACAGUGACAGGAUAAAAUGUAAACAAAUUAAAUACUGAACUAGGUUAAGUGUGUGUGUGUGUGUGUGAGAGAGAGAGAGAUAGAGAGAGAGAGAGCGAGGGAUAACACAUCAGCACGUGUAGCUCCUCCCCAGUAUCCUUUGGUUCUAUUUUGAUGGAUGGUGAUAAGUCAUCAGCACAUAUGCUGUGAUUUUUUCACACACAGGCAAUUUCCAUAUCAUUCAGUCUCAUAUUCAAGGGGUUUUAGCUUCCUGUGCUCUUUUAAAGAGACCUCAAGUCAGGGCUGCACCAAACCCUGAGAAAUUCUCUCCCAAAACCCACAUUCAUUAUGAGAAGGAUACUAUACCUAAUGGUCCCCAUGAAUGGACUACUCGCUGGCCUUGUUGAGGGGAAUCAAGACUGCACUUCAUGUUACCAGUUGGACACUGGAGUGGCUAUUGGGAUCAUCACUUGUGACAUAAUCCUCACAUUCCUCAUUGCUCUCUCAGUCUAUUGUUUCAUUUCCCAUCAGAAAAGAAGAAGCAGUUUACAUACACAUGCCAGAUGCUGUGGGUCAGGUAAAGCAAAAACUCACCAGCCAUCAACGAGGCCAAAGACAAUUGAAAUGGAAUCACCUUAUCAGGAACUUUAUGGAGUCCAGUCAGACAUAUACAGUGAUCUUCAGCAGUAUCGGAAAUGAGAUGACCAUGUGAAAUGUAAUCUUAAUCGUGGGUCGUGUGAAAACCUAAGAAUAUGUGGAGGUUGCAUACUUUCUAAACUGUGUCACAAAUAUGUAUUUGGCAUAAAUAAGCUACAAUAAUUGAUUUAUACAAAAAGAUUUUUCUUUGAUUCCAUGUGAUUGGUCAUGUGGCUUAUAUACAAACCAUGAAUAUUAAAAUAUUUUCUUAGUUUGUGGAAAGGAAAAAUUAUCUUUAAGAAUUUGUAGUUUUUAAUAUCACUGUAACAGUUGUUUUCAUCUGUAAUUUUUUUAUUUAUUCAAAACCUUUGUAAUGCAGUUAGGUCAGAAUAUAAUUCCCUUGCUCUUUAUGUAGAAAUAAACAUUUUAUUUUGAUUGUGUGGUCUUUGAUCA